AUGAAGUUGACAAUCCCCAUUGUUGCCGCUGCACUGCAGCUGAUCGGCGCCACUUCCGCUCAGAGUGAAGCUGAAAUUGCUGGUAAUCUCGAGGGUUACUGGUCAUAUGGCAGGUCCGAGCCAGUCUAUCCAACGCCUGAGGGCCAUGGUCUCGGGGACUGGGAGUCUGCCUAUGACAAGGCUAGAGCCCUUGUCGAUCAGAUGACCAACGAGGAAAAGAACAACAUCACUUAUGGCUUCGACUCUACCACCGGGUGCAGUGGCAUGUCCGGAAGUGUUCCUCGCAUUGGGUUUCCUGGAAUGUGUUUCCAAGAUGCCGGUAACGGUGUCCGGAAUACUGACCUGGUCAAUGGAUAUCCGUCUGGAGUCCAUGUUGGGGCUGCUUGGAAUCGUGAUCUGACCUAUAAGCGCGGUCACUAUAUGGGAGCUGAAUUCAAGCGCAAGGGUGUCAAUGUUGCCCUAGGCCCAUUAGUCGGGCCUGUCGGCCGUGUCGCUAAAGGUGGACGCAACUGGGAAGGAUUUAGUGCCGACCCGUGGUUGGGAGGAGCCCUCGUUGGGGAUACUGUCCGCGGCAUGCAGGAUAACGUUAUUGCCUGUGUCAAGCAUUUGAUUGCGAAUGAGCAGGAGACUAGGCGAAUGCCACCGUCGCGCCUGGAUAAUUCUCAUAACCAAUCUCUCUCCGCCAAUAUUGAUGACAAAACGAUACAUGAGCUCUACCUUUGGGCCUUCCAGGAUGCAGUCAAAGCCGGUGCUGGCUCAAUGAUGUGCAGCUACAACCGUAUAAACAACAGUUACGGCUGCCAAAAUAGUAAGUCGAUGAACGGCCUACUCAAGGGCGAACUCGGGUUUCAAGGCUUCGUCGUUACCGACUGGGGCGCGCAGUACACGGGCAUCGCAAGUGCUCAAUCCGGGCUUGAUGUGGUGAUGUCGAGCUCAAAGUACUGGGAGAAUGGCACGCUUGCCAGUGCUGUGCGCAAUGGGUCUCUUGCUUCCACGCGUCUCGAUGACAUGGCCACCCGGAUUGUUGCUACCUGGUACAAGUACGCUGAGCUCGAGAAUCCGGGCCAUGGCAUCCCUGCGGACCUCACUGCACCGCAUAACCUGGUGGAAGCCCGGGAUUCGAAGUCGAAGGACACAAUCUUUCAGGGCGCCGUAGAAGGCCACGUCCUGGUGAAAAACACUAACAGCGCGCUUCCGUUGAACAAGCCCAAGGUCCUUUCCCUCUUUGGGUACGAUGCGAUCGCACAAUCCUCAAACACCCUUACUCCGGACGCAGGUACCUGGGUCGCGGGCCUCUCCAAUACGCUCACCUACCCCAAUGGGACCGCGGUUGAUAACGAUAUUUUGAAGUACAUGUUCCUCGGCAGCGCAGAACCUUGGGCUAAAGGGCCCGGUGUCUCGUUGAAUGGCACGAUGAUUACCGGUGGUGGCUCGGGUUCCACCACCCCAGCCUACAUCGACGCACCCUUCGAUGCAUUCCAACGGCAGGCUCGCGAAGACAACACCUUCCUCAGCUGGGACUUUGUGUCGCAGAACCCAGCCCCGAACGCUGCUUCGGAUGCGUGCAUCGUGUUCAUCAACGAGGCCUCCGCGGAAGGCUGGGACCGCCCGCAUCUUGCAGACCCCUAUUCCGACACUCUUGUUCAGAAUGUUGCCUCGAAAUGCAAUAACACGAUGGUGGUGAUCCACAAUGCCGGAAUCCGUCUCGUCGACCGCUGGAUUAAGAAUAAUAAUAUCACCGCUGUAAUCUUCGCCCAUCUUCCGGGUCAGGAUUCCGGUGGCGCGGUCGUUGAUAUUAUGUACGGUAAGCAGUCACCCUCUGGUCGGCUGCCUUACACUGUAGCAAAGAAUGAGUCAGACUACGGCGCCCUCCUGGACCCCCAAAUGCCUGACCGGGAUUAUAAUGGCUGGUAUCCGCAGUCAAACUUCACGGAGGGUGUGUACAUCGACUACAAGGCAUUCGAGAAGGAAGGCAUUGAGCCUCGGUACGCCUUUGGCUUUGGCCUUACCUAUACCGAUUUCACUUACGCCGACCUCGACAUCGAGGUCAGCCGUGGUGCAGACAAGGGAUAUAUUCCACCUGGGUCCGAGAUCCAGGAAGGCGGCCUCCCGUCUCUCUGGGACGUUGUUGCGACGGUGAACUGCACUGUUGAGAAUACUGGGAAAAUCGCCGCCAAAGAAGUCGCCCAGCUGUACCUUGGUAUUCCUGGGGGUCCAGCAAAAGUUCUUCGAGGCUUUGAUAAGCAACUUGUUGAACCGGGAAAGAGCAGGCCCUUCUCAUUUGAGCUGACCCGUCGCGAUCUGAGUACUUGGGAUGUGGAGAAGCAGACUUGGGGACUGCAGAGUGGUGAUUAUAACGUUUAUGUUGGGAAGAGCGUUUUGAAUAUUCAGUUGACGGGGAGAUUGACUAUUUAG